AUGCUGGCCGGUGGUGGCAGCGGGAGCGUAAUAUGCUCGGCGAGCAUGGUGGCCAGCAUGGGCACUGACCACUGCAUCGACUACUGCAUGUCGAAGCAUGCAGUGCUGGGACUGGUGCGGUCGACGAGCCAGCCACUCGGGGCAAGCAGCAUGCGCAUGCACUGUUUGUCGCCAAGCACGGUCGGGAAGCUGCUGCUGUGCGGGUUAUAUGCAAUAAAAGGGGAGGAGCUCGAGGCGUUGCUCGAGCCGUCCUUGUGCAUGAGAGGAGUGCUGACGGCGAGGCAUGUGGCAGAUGCCGUGGUCUUUCUCGCUUCCGAUGGCUUGGUCAUCGAUGGAGGUGGGCGUCUCGGCUACGUACAUCAGCUAAUGAAGAUGGACAAUGCAAGCACGCUUGGACGUGGCAUAAGGUGUUAUGGGUGA